GGCCACCGGGUAGAAAUACCCGCGCCCACCCGAAAAAUUCCCCAGCUCACCUCCUCCUCACUACCACCACCACCACCACCACCUGCUUCCUCCGCGGCUGCGUGCGCCGCCUCCCCAACCCUUCGUCCUCCCCGCCGGCCGCCGCUGAGAUCCGACGCGCCGGAGCGGAGCUCGCUGAGAUUUUGUUCCUGCUGGAUUUCUGAAAUUUUACUGGAGGACUAGAGAUAUCAAGACACCAACAACAAACUAGUACAAAGUUUUCCUUCCAGUUAAUCUGUUCCUGGAUCUCCUUGCCAUACGCGAAGCAGUGGAUACUAUGCAGUAAUUGGUUAGGAGGUCUUUACUGAACCAUAAUGGCUGAUACUCCAACUUCCCGAAUGAUUCAUCCCUUCAGCAAUAUACCGAGCCAAAACCUGAAGCAGUUCCAGUAUUCUGAUAAUCCACAGCACCCUUGCCACCCUUAUAGGGCACCUUCAGACACCCACGUUGUGCCACAUCAUUAUGGCCUAAAGUCACAUUCACCGGAUGCUGGUUAUGAAAGCCAGGCUACUCCUAACAAGUACACAUUGGACUCCUCUGAAGGUGCUGGUUGUAUGAGACAUGAUUCUCCUUCCAGUCAAAGUUUCACAACCAGAAGUGGUAGCCCUCUAUCUCAGGAAGACAGCCACUCUGACUCGACUGAUGGAUCUCCUGUAGGCGCCUCCUGUGUCACUGAGGAUCCUAAUGAUCUGAAGCAAAAACUGAAGGAUCUCGAGGCCGUUAUGCUUGGGCCAGACUCGGAAAUAGUCAACAGCCUUGAGAAUUCGGUGGCAAACCAACUUUCCUUGGAGCCGGAGAAGUGGGUGCGCAUGAUGGGCAUUCCUAGAGGCAACUUGAAAGAGCUACUGAUUGCCUGUGCUAGAGCUGUGGAAGAGAAGAAUAGCUUUGCUAUUGAUAUGAUGAUUCCAGAGCUGAGAAAAAUAGUUUCGGUAUCUGGUGAGCCACUUGAGAGGUUGGGAGCCUACAUGGUAGAAGGGCUUGUUGCCAGGCUUGCCUCCUCUGGCAUUUCAAUCUACAAAGCUUUGAAAUGCAAGGAACCAAAGAGCUCUGACCUUCUGUCUUACAUGCACUUCCUGUAUGAGGCCUGUCCCUACUUCAAGUUUGGGUAUAUGUCGGCAAAUGGUGCUAUUGCAGAGGCUGUCAAGGGAGAAGACAGGAUUCAUAUCAUCGACUUCCAUAUCUCUCAAGGGGCUCAGUGGAUCUCUCUCCUUCAGGCCCUUGCAGCCAGGCCUGGUGGACCACCAACUGUAAGGAUCACUGGUAUUGAUGACUCAGUGUCAGCUUACGCACGAGGCGGCGGGCUAGAGCUGGUCGGAAGGAGGCUGUCGCACAUCGCCAGCCUGUGCAAGGUGCCCUUUGAAUUCCACCCACUUGCUAUCUCCGGCAGCAAGGUGGAGGCAGCACAUCUCGGAGUCAUCCCCGGGGAAGCCCUCGCCGUGAACUUCACCCUGGAGCUGCACCACAUUCCAGACGAGUCGGUGAGCACGGCGAACCACCGUGACCGCCUCCUAAGGAUGGUGAAGAGCCUGUCGCCGAAGGUACUCACCCUGGUGGAGAUGGAGUCCAACACGAACACGGCGCCAUUCCCGCAGAGGUUCGCGGAGACGCUGGACUACUACACCGCCAUCUUCGAGUCCAUCGACCUGACGCUGCCGAGGGACGACAGGGAGAGGAUCAACAUGGAGCAGCACUGCCUCGCGAGGGAGAUCGUCAACCUCAUCGCGUGCGAGGGGGAGGAGAGGGCGGAGCGGUACGAGCCCUUCGGCAAGUGGAAGGCGCGCCUCACCAUGGCCGGGUUCAGGCCGUCGCCGCUCAGCUCGCUGGUGAACGCCACCAUCAGGACGCUGCUGCAGAGCUACUCGGACAACUACAAGCUCGCCGAGAGGGAUGGGGCGCUCUACCUCGGGUGGAAGAGCAGGCCCCUGGUGGUCUCGUCGGCGUGGCACUAGCGUUGUGACUUUGUGAGGUGAUCUGACGACGAACUUCCCUUGUAACCAUCUUGGCUGGGGGCUUUAGAAAGCUAUAGUGAUCAUGGACUGGUAAGGGUAGCUGUAACAAUGGUGUUGUAAUGGUAAGGUAGCGGCUAGGGUCAAACUCGAAAAUGGGCAAAAUGCUGAUGAGGUGUAGAAGUGUAGUACAUGUUUGAGAGUAUAUGUUUCAGUUUUUCUUUUAAAUGUCUUGUAGUAAUGUUGUGGCACACUAAUGUCUAUGAUCAGAAUUAUCAUCCACUAUAAGCUAAAAUA